AAAAAAAUCUAUCAAAAAUAAAAUUUUAAAAAAAUUAAAGCGAAAUAAAAAUCGAAAGCGAUCAUUAGGCAAACCGAACUCCAAUCCCAUCGAAAGCUUUCUCUACCCAUCAUCGAUUGAGGGCUUUUCUCUCUAAGGAGCUGGAGCCGCCUACUUCUUCCUGUUAUCGGUAAGCCUUUACUUAUCUCUCUGUCUAACCCUAUCUCUCACAUGGCAGGCCGAGAAUUGUUCCUUUUUGCUAUCGAUUUCUAGGGUUUCUUUUCUGCCCUCCAUCUUUGAAAGUUUUCGGGUUUUGCUUCCGAUCGCUUCGAGAAAUAACGUAUCGUCGCUGCGUAGCACCACUGUUUGAAGACCCGCGUUUUACUAUUUUUCUUUUUCCUUGUUUUGGAUGUAUACUGCUUGAUUGUUUUAAUCUCGUUGUUGUGUUAGAUCGGAAGGUGUUCUUUUGGAUUGGGGUUUCAUUUUUAAAUUUUUUUUUUCUUAGAGUUGUGGUUUUUAGUUAUGAAAUUGGGGAAAAUUGGUAAUUUGUUUGGGUUGUAGGAUUAGGUUUUACUAGUUUAAUUGAUUUGGGGAUUAGGGUUUAUUUUUGCUUUGGUCGUUUAGAGCGAGCUUUUAGAUUCAUAUACAUGGCGGCUGGUAGACACAGGGUUUAUCGCGACAACGAGAUUAGGGACAGGGAGUCAAAAUUUGAAUUGUCAAGGCGGGAUUUUGCUACUGCCAAGGAGGAUUAUGAACGGACCAGAAAUGGUAAUCGUGACAUGGAAAGGGGUCGAGUUCGGGAUGUAAGAGAUAAUAAUGGUAGGGUUAGACAGAAGGAUGUUAAGGAGAAAGAAGGGAUAAAUGGCGGGUAUCGUGCAUCUUCAAGUAGAAGUAAUUCAGGUAGUAGUAGUGGUGGGAUUGGCAGUCGUGGGCCUAAGAGAUGUGGGUUCACAGUCAAAGCUGUGGAUAGAGAGCCAGGUGAAUUAUCUAGUGAGAGUGGGUCUGAUGAUGCCAUUGAAUCCGAAUUGCAGCUCAAAGAAUCUGAGGUUCAGAAAGUAGUUGAGAAUGGAACUACUAGGUCUCCUGCAGAGAAGAAAAGGAAGUUCUCUCCUAUCAUCUGGGAUAGAGAUGACAAUGAAGUCAGUAAAUCAGCUAAAAGUAGGAUUACCACCGCAGCUAAUGCUCUUCCUCUGCCGCCACCCCUGCCUAAGGUGUAUCGUCAGUCUGUUAUUCCAGAUGGCAGUGUACAAAUAUCUCCAAUAAACAACAGCCGGAAUGAAGAUCUUCAAUCUUCUUCUCCAGUUAAGCCUCCAGUUGAACUUGACACCAUUGAUACUUUAGUUGACUCUCCUGUUGGGUUGUCUUAUGUGUCGCCGGGGCAGAAUUGGGGGAAUGAUCAAGAAGCAGAGCAAUUAGAAGAUGAUGAUUAUGUUCCAACCCAUAAUAUAUCAUCUUCCAGGUGGGCAGCGGGAAAUAACUCUCCUGGUGAUGAAGGUGAAAUUUUGGAGGAUGAGGAAAUGCCUAAAAGGAGGAAAAUGAUCCUUCCAGAAUCAGUAGAAACCAGUGCUCGUAACAGGUCAUUGACUCCUGAGCUGGGGGAGCUUAAGAGAGAUGGCUCUGAACGGGUGAGAGCAAGGUCAUCUGAAUCUGAUGAACGGGGAACUGGAGCUAGAUCUUCGAGUGGUGAUGAUUACCCCGAUAAUGAUUCAGAGAAGCAAGACUACAUGGAGGUUGAUGAGGAACAAAAUCGAAAUGAUAGCAGUCUUAGUCGGUCAGAUACUGAUUCAGAGGAUGAGGAUGAUUCUCGUGAGACACUGGAACCUGCAGCUCCUCCACAGAGAAGUGUAGACAUGCUUCAGGGCUGUAGAAGUGUUGAUGAGUUUGAGAGACUUAACAAGAUAGAUGAAGGCACAUAUGGUGUUGUAUAUAGAGCUAGGGAUAAGAAAACUGGUGAAAUUGUGGCCUUGAAGAAGGUGAAAAUGGAGAAGGAAAGAGAAGGCUUCCCAUUGACUUCUUUGAGGGAGAUAAACAUUCUUCUUUCUUUUCAUCACCCAUCAAUUGUUGAUGUUAAAGAAGUAGUGGUUGGAAGUAACCUUGACAGUAUUUUUAUGGUUAUGGAAUACAUGGAACAUGAUCUCAAGGGACUUAUGGAGACGAUGAAACAGCCAUUUAGUCAGAGUGAAGUUAAAUGCCUUAUGCUUCAACUAUUGGAUGGCAUCAAGUACCUUCAUGAUAAUUGGGUCCUUCAUCGGGAUUUGAAGACGUCAAACCUGCUUUUAAAUAAUCGGGGUGAGUUGAAGAUCUGUGACUUUGGGUUGGCUCGUCAGUAUGGGAGCCCGUUGAAACCAUAUACUCAUUUGGUUGUUACUCUUUGGUACAGAGCACCCGAGCUUCUGCUGGGAGCAAAACAAUAUUCAACUGCAAUUGACAUGUGGUCAUUGGGUUGUAUUAUGGCUGAAUUAUUGUCAAAAGAACCACUAUUCAAUGGGAAAACUGAAUUUGAUCAACUUGACAAGAUUUUUAGAACCCUCGGCACACCAAAUGAGACGAUUUGGCCUGGUUUUUCCAAGUUGCCUGGGGUGAAGGUCAAUUUUGUCAAGCAUCAGUAUAACCUUCUGCGUAAGAAGUUCCCAGCAACAUCAUUUACUGGAUCCCCAGUUCUCUCGGAUUCUGGAUUUGACUUGUUGAAUAAGCUUUUAACUUAUGACCCUGAGAAGAGAAUUACAGCUGAAGCUGCUCUGAAUCAUGAGUGGUUCCGUGAAGUUCCUCUUCCCAAAACUAAAGAGUUCAUGCCUACUUUUCCGGCUCAGCAUGCUCAAGACAGACGUGUGCGAAGAAUAAUGAAGAGUCCAGACCCUUUGGAAGAGCAACGUAGAAAGGAGUUGCAGCAGGGGGAACUGGGAACUGGUGGUGUGUUUGGCUAAGAGACACUGUUGAUCAGUGGUUUUAAUCUCUAUUCUGUUGUUUACAACACUGACUAUUGGACAUGGCUGAGGUGAGAGAUAUGCCUUGAACGGAAGUUGCAAACAUUGUAUGUUAGACGAUCAUUGGUGCUGUUUUUUAGCAGGCACUUCCUGGUGAUGUUGGUGGGAGAUAUGUACUCUUUGCCUCCUGUCAACCAUAUUGUUGCAGGUUAACUUUGUUCUUCAGGUUUGGUCAUCUUAUAGAACUGCACAUGUGACACUGCUUCACUGUCAGGUGUUGCAUAAUUGCCUUACAAAAAUGAAAAAUUAGUUCCAGCUGAAACUUGUGUAUGUAACAUAAUUUCAUUGGUACAUUGUAAACAAUUCUCUUUAAAUUUGGUUUUAAGUAUCAAAGCUAUCAGUUAUAUUAGAACAUAUUUAAUAUUCA